AUGGCACCAAAGCCUCGCCUGCCGCCCGCCGCAUUUGCGCGGCCACAAUCGGACUUGGAUUUUUUCUCUGAUGAAGAAGGCUGUUGCGACACUGCAUGCAGGAGCCGUGCCUGCCUCCAAACUGUGGCGGCUGCGCAUACAGCUGGAGGUUUGCUACCUGUCGCAAUGGUCAUCGAGAUGUUUGAGGAACAUGCCAGCAGGACGUCUUCGUUCAGCUGGACGUCCAUGGCCUUGCCAAUUGCCAGCUUCAGCGUCCUGCCCUCCCUCGGAGUGCUCCUGGCCAAGGCAGCCAGCAGCGAUAACUGCGGCCCAGCUCGACGGCUGGUUGGUGCAGCUUUCGUGGUUUUCCUCUUCGUGACCAUGCUGCUGCCGACGGUUGGGUCUCCUAGUGACGAUGCCACGCUGGUGCGGAAUUCAUUGAUGCUAUCUGCCGUUGCGCUGGGUGUUUCUGGUGCAGCUGUGCAGAUUCUCGGCGCAGGGGAUCACUGA